AUGAUUAAAAUACUCAAGGGUUUUGAUGCUCCGGCAGCAUCAAACUAUAUCAACCCUUAUGCUGUGGAUGUAAUCCGGGAAAAGAGAAGGGAUCUAGUUUAUGGGAUCUCCCAUACAGAGGAGCUCCUGGAUCUUCUUGUCACAGAGGGGGUCGUUACAGCAGCAAAGAGAUCCAUCGUCCUAACCAUGAGGACUCGCAAAGAUCAAAACUCCAGGGUGCUGGACAUCCUGGAGGCCAGAGGUGAAAGGGCAUGCCGGAAGUUCUUCCAUCCAUGUCUUAUGCUGGCAGAACCAGACCUCUAUCAACAAAUCAAGACCUAUUUGGGUGGUGUGAACAAACGUAUUCGAGACUCCAGGAGACAGCUGAUUGGAUAUUUGCUGGAGAGGGACCAGGAGGGGAUGGAUAAAAUAACUGACAGAGUGGUCACUCAGGGGACACAUACUUUAUUUGCCACCAAAGAAACUAAGAAAUCUAUCCCUGAAAAGGAAGACAGAAGCAUUGUGCCAAAAUCAGAGAAGCAUAAACCAACGCAAAGUAAAGCAGAUAAUCUCAUCCACAUGAUUGCCACAGGUGGGGAGGUAAUACUGCUGGAGGAGCUGUUAGAGGACACUGAUAUCAACUCAGUCAAUUCCUCCAGUGAAACACUGUUACAUGUAGCUGCUGAGUACGGUCACCUGUCCAUCAUUGAGCUCUUGGUCCGUAAAGGAGCCAGACUGGACUUGCAGGAUAAUAAAGGUCAUACAGCUCUACAUAGAGCAGCCAGCAGAGGUCACACAAAGAUAGUCAGGGCCCUCAUACAAGCCGGGGCCCCCAUCUACACUCUGGAUCUACAAGGCAAAACCCCUGUUCACCUGUCAGCAGAAAAUGACCACCUGAAUUCUGUGAAAGUCCUGGUGAAGGAGGAGGCCAAGCAGUCUGAGAGCCACACAAAGGACAUGUUUCUUCACAUGGCAGCCAUGGAAGAUGACUGGAGGCUGGCUGAGAUGCUGCUGCAAGGCGGGGCCGCUACUGAUGCAAGAAACCAGCAUAAAAAAACAGCUCUGUUUUAUGCAGUUUCCAGGAACAAUGAGAAAACAGUCACUGUCCUUCUAAAUGCAGGGGCUAAAGUUGACUGUGAUGUUAUAAAUGAAGCCAUUAAGCUCAAUGAAGAAUCAAUUCUCCGCCUGCUGCUUGGUAAUGCCAGAGGAGCACUGAGUGAAGACGCACUGGGUCUUGCCCUCUUUUCAGCUGUUAAACAAAACCACAGUGGAGUGGCGACCGUUCUCAUAGACAGCGGUGCAAAUGUGAACAUGUUAGACAAACAGGGGUACACUCCUCUCCUGCUGUCAGCUGAGCUGGGACACACUGAUGUCUUCAGAGUGCUAGUAGCAAAACAGGCCAAACUGGAUGCUACUUUAUCCGACCUCUCCUCAGCGUUGCACCUGGCUGUCCACAGUGGCAGUGUGUCCAUAGUGCAGACAUUGCUGGAAAAGGGAAUAGACCCCAACAUUACUGGACAUAAAGCCCAAACCCCUCUACACCUGGCAGCUCAGUACAAUAGGCCAGAAUUAGUGGAUCUGCUGUUAAGAGCUGGAGCACAGGUAAAUGCAGUAGCCCAGGAUGGGUUAACCCCACUGCAUAUAGCCAGUCAGAAGGGCCAUGCAGACACAGUGAACCAGCUUCUUCAAGGCAAAGCAGACCCAGGAGUCAAAGACAAGCUGGGGAGGACAGCCUUGCACUGGGCAGCCUCUUCCCAUGGAGAAAGCUGUGUGGUAGACUUACUGCUGUCGGCCAAAGCCAACCCAAACACCACUGAUAAUGAGAAAAAAGCUGCCCUCCACCUGGCUGCCAUUGAGGGGAAAGUGGAUGCUGUCACUUCACUGUUGUCCCACAAGGCAAAGGGAGGGGCUAAAGACAUGGAUGGCUCCACACCUCUCCAUUAUGCAGCUGCUGGUGGGCACUCCAGCGUGGUUUCAGCGCUUCUACAGUUACUCAACAACAAGGGGACAGACGAGAGGAAUGCAUGGAGGAAAACGCCACUUCAUGCUGCAGCUGAGAAAGGCCAUGAUGAUGUGACGGUGCUGCUGCUGGAGGCCGGGGCAAAAAUCAACAGCACAGAUCACAAUAAAGACACUUCUCUGCACUGUGCUGUCCGAGGCGGACACCAGGAGGUAGUGAGGAGACUUGUAAACUGGGGCCAGGCUGGGCACAUGGGACGGCGGAAAAAAGUGAAUCUGCAAACUACCAAUAAUGUGGGGAAAACACCACUGCAGGUGGCACAGAGUGGAGAUAAACCAGAACAUGAGGACAUUGUAACUUUACUCAUGAGAAAGAUGUUUCUCAUCAAAUAA